AUGAUAAUUAUUAUCAUGCAUUAAUGCGGGAAACAUUGGGAUAUAGUGAGAUAUCAUUUUGGGGCUAAUCACCCUUGCUUAAAUAUUAGCCUUUGUGAUGAAUGAGCUAACAUGGAACAAAAUCAUCCCUUUUCACUCGUAUGAUCGCCCUUCUCACAUUCAUCUUGAGAUACGUUAAGACUUGAUAGGCCACAUUAAUGCACAUCAUAAACUAAUUUCUUACGAAAACUCCCAUCACCACUCAUAUGAUCGCACUUGUCACUUUCAUCUGGUCCCGCAUCAGCGAGGGAAGGUGAUGGAGUCAUCUUGGAAUAGUUGACUUCCGAAAAUCCACAUUAAUGCACAUCGGAAACUAAUUUGUUACGACUCCCGUUACGACUCAUAUGAUCGCCCUUCUCACAUUCAUCUGGUGCCGCAUCAGCGAGGGAAGGCGUAGAAUCCUGCCAUGGCUGCUUCAAUUCUGUCUUCCAUUGCAGCGACGGCGAGCAGGCUCACAGCUCGGUUUCGAAGCUCCUCGCUUGCUUCCUCGUCCUCACCAUCAAGCCCACGCCUCACUGUCCAUGAAGAUCUCAAGCAUCUACAGAGGACGCUGCUUAGGAUCCAGUCCGUGCUCGCCGAUGCGGAGGUGAGGGAGAUCCGGGAGGAGUCGGUGAAGCUCUGGCUGCGCGAACUCAAAGCGCUUGCUUAUGAUGCCGACGACGUGCUCGACGAGUACAACUACGAGCUGCUGCGGCCCCAAAUCGAAGUCAAAGUUGGUGCAUCAACCACCGGGAAGAGAAAGCGAGAUGAGGGGAGCGAUUCGACGGCUGUCCUAGCUGGACUAGCGGACAGGAUCAAGCGGAUCAGGGAGAGAUUCGAUGAGAUAGCAAGGGAGCGGGAGGCCCUCCACCUGAAGGAAGAAGACGGAGAGAGAAGGCAGGCCAUGGUGAGUAAGCCUCUCCCUACGAGCUCCCUUGUGGAUGAUUCGAGUGUUUAUGGCAGGCAGGUGGACAGGAAGAAGUUAGUCAAUUUACUGCUAUCGGAACGUGGUGGAGACAAGGUUUCAGUGCUUGCCAUCGUCGGCAUGGGAGGCAUCGGUAAAACGACACUUGCCCAAUAUGUUUAUAACCAUCAUAAGGUCUGUACCCAUUUCGACAUCAGGGUAUGGAUCUAUGUCUCGGUUGAUUUUGAUGUGAUAAGCAUCACAAGAACCAUAAUCAAAUUCAUUACUGGGAGUUCUUGUGAUGACAGUGAACUUGAUCUUCUUCAUUCGACUCUGACGAAGCUAUUAAACAAAAAAAGAUUCCUGCUUGUGCUAGAUGAUGUGUGGAAUGAGCUGCCAAGUCCAUGGGAAUCCUUAAGCUUCCCCAUGGCUUAUGCAUCGAGUACUAAAAUCAUGAUCACGACACGGAACGAAUCGGUUGCUCGGGUGAUGCAGACAAUGCCACCAUAUUACUUGGGUGCUUUGGAUGAUUACUCUUGUCAGUUGUUGUUUGAUAGAUAUGCAUUUAAGGACAAGGCACCGGGAUUGCCCAACACUCGGACGACACUGGAAGGAAUCGGUCGUCAAACGGGAUUGUCCAACGCUCGGACGACACUGGAAAGAAUCGGUCGUCAAACGAGAUUCCUCAACACUCGGACGACACUGGAAGGAAUCGGUCGUCAAACGAGAUUGCUCAACACUCGGACGACACUGGAAGGAAUCGGUCGUCAAACGAGAUUGCUCAACACUCGGACGACACUGGAAGGAAUCGGUCGUCAAACGGGAUUGCCCAACACUCGGACGACACUGGAAGGAAUCGGUCGUCAAAUUGUCCGAAAGUGCAAUGGCUUACCUUUGGCUGCUAAAACACUUGGAAGUCUUCUAAGCUUCGAAGAUGAUGAGGAGAAGUGGCAGGAUAUUCUAGAAAGUGAAUUGUGGGGAUUAUUUGAUGAAGGGAGAAAUGAGAUCUUCGCCGCUCUGAGAUUGAGCUAUUAUCGUAUGCCGACACACUUGAAGCAGUGUUUCGUGUACUUUUCCUUGUUCCCGAAAGGCUAUCUAUUUGAGAAAGAUCACAUAGUGAAGCUGUGGAUGGCACAGGGUUAUAUUCAACCCAGCAGGAGAAGCCGACUGGAAGAUGUGGGUGGUGCAUACUUUGAUGAGCUGCUACAAAGACAGUUUUUUCAAAUUUCAAAACUCAGUGAUGCUAAAGAUGAAAAUUAUGUGAUGCACGAUGUCAUUCAUGAUCUAGCAAAAUCUAUUGCAGGGGAGGAUUAUAUAAUCACUGAGGACCAUAAAUUAUCUGAUAUUUCUGAAGACGUGCUUCAUGCAACUCUUAUACCCAACAGCAACGAUAAAAAAGUGCACAACAUCAGAACAGAGAGACACACGACGGUGCAGUUUCAGUUCUUGAAUGAGCCCAAACGUUUGCGUACCUUUGUGGUGCAUAAGUCCAAACAGUGGUUUCCAUCAAAAAGAAAUAUGUUGGAACAAACUCAAAAUAUUAUAUGUAUUGAGAUGCCAAAUGAUGUUUUCCAAAGUUUAAGGCUCUUCCGCACACUGGACUUGAGUUUUACUACGAUUGAAAAAUUACCAGACUCAAUUGGCAAUUUGAUACACCUUCGCUACAUUGGUCUUCGGAGUACGAAUCUUCGACAUUUGCCUCAGUCAUUGUGUCAGUUAUAUAAUCUGCAAACAUUGGAUUUGAAGCGCUGCGAGUUUCUUUCGGAUCUUCCUAGAGGCAUCGGGAACCUCAUUAAUCUAAGGCAUCUCAUUCUGCCAAUAUUGGAAGAUCUACAUGUCUGCAUUCCACCUGGACUCAGAAAGCUGACCAAUCUCCAGACAUUGCCAAUUUUCUAUAUAAAGCCAGAUAGAUUUCACUGUGGUGUAGAGGAGCUAAAGGAAUUGGUAAACCUCAGCUCUCUUCACAUAGUAGGUCCUUACAAGAUGGACGAGGAAUGGGGUCCUUGGUUGAAGAAUAUGAAAAACCUGCAGAACGUGAGGCUUCGCUGGUUUUCGUACGACUGUGGACCGUGUGGCUAUAGUGACGGUACCAAUCUGGAGAAUGGUGACAACAUGCUAUACAGUGAAAUUGGACUGAAACAGGAUGAUUCUUGGCAUAGGAUAGGUGCUGAAAAGCACGAGGCUGCAUGUUUCGUAGAGAAUCAGCGACGGAUGAGUUUGAUGGAAUUGGUUGUCGAGGGCUAUAAUGGACCGAGACUUCCGAGAUGGUUGGGUGAUCCGAGUUUUUCCAAGCUUGCUACCAUAAGACUAGAGCUCUGCAAUGAUAAGUGUAUCCUUCUCCCUUCGCUUGGCCAGCUUGUGUCACUGAAGCAUCUAUCCAUAGGAGGAAUGCAGAGGUUGCAGCGUGUUGACCGUGAAUUCUGGGGUGGUGGUAUGAUGGUUGGCAAGGGAUUCCAAGCGCUAGAGACACUUGAAUUCACAGAGAUGCCAGAGUGGGAGGAGUGGCGUGGGGAGGAUGGUGAAUUCCCUCAUCUCCGCGAGCUCACAAUCGGUGUCUGUCCAAAGCUGUUCAUGUUUGACUGCCUCCUUUUUCCUUCACUCGUCGAGCUGAAGAUAUACGACUGCGGAGAGUUGACUUCAAUUCCCAUAUGUCCCUCACUAAGUAGUCUCCUGCUGUGGGGGAAAUGUAACUUGGAGAAUUGGUUUCCAUCUCUAAACCUUCCCAAGCUCCAUCACUUUGUAGUUUCAAGCUCUCAGGGACUGAGAACUCUUCAUGUGCGUCAGAAUGUACCUGCACUCAGAACGCUGAGCGUCGACAACUGUCCAAAACUUUUAGAAGCCACUGGACUGCAUCAUCUUUCUUCCCUUGUAAGCUUACGGAUAUCCAAUUGCCCUCAGUUUUAUAUCAAAGAGAAACUUCCAUCCCGUGUUCAAGUAUUGUUAUAUCCAUCUGAGCAAAUGCAGAGAAGAAGCAUAUCAGUCUCCAGUGACAGAACGGAUAAUUACAAGUUCUCUGGACUCUCUCCUUUGUUCUCUGCACUCUCUCGUUGACCACAAAUACCAGACUGCCACUUGGCAAAUAUGGCAAAGAUGGCUGCUGGGAAUCACGUCCGCCAGAUUAGACAUACCAUUGCAGAUUGCUGUAUUAGCAAUCACAAUUGAAUGCAGUGAUCCAAAAGUUGCUCGUGUAUUAUUUGCGGACUUAUAUACACACAUUUUGUUGACGGGUGAAACUAUUUUGCUGAUAAGCCCUGAUGAUAAAUACAAACAUUAAAUAAUGUAACCAAGUAGUUCUUUCCGUAGCUUUACUUUGAGAUCGAUCUGAUUGUAUCUGAACCUCUUUCAAAUAUUGGCUUGAACUCAGCUGUUCCUUUCUCUUUU